AUGCCCCUUCAAGCAUUGAUACUGCCGCUGCUCUUUCUUGGGUCUUUUGCUCGUCCUGCACCAGAAGGCCUUCCCCCAAGCACUUCUUCUGUUGUAGGAGAUCAUAUUCCUUCGGCGGUCGUUCCCGCCCCCCCACAGUACACGAAGGAACCAUGGCAUGGAAAGCUUCCUGAGCUCCAUUGGUCAACUAGCCAUGGAGACGAGAAUAUGAAAAGUACGGGGUAUUCUCCCUUUUGUGACUCGAACCACGCUGACUUUAAACAAGAUGGGACAGAUAUUGUGACUCGAAGAAUUGAUCAUACUGACCUCCGAACAGCUUUCUACCUAGGCGUGCAAGCGCAUGCAGCAGCCAAUGUAGGCGUCAUAUUUAAAAGCAUGAUCGACGACUGCAAGGAGUGGAACGAAAAAGCUUCGAAAGCCUUUACCUGCGUCUGGUCAGCUAUUGGUACCGUGAUUGGGUUCGGCAUUGCGUUCGACCGCGCAUUGAUGUUCCAAGGCUAUAUAGGCCAAAGGCUCAAUGAUAACGGGUGGCACGUCCCCGGGUUCAAUAAGCGCGGCGAAGUCUCUCAGCUCGAAAGCCAUCUUUCCUCAGUUCUCUCCGCUGACGUUCGACAUAUUGGUAUCUGGGAUGGCGCGUCCUUAUCAAGACGAAGUGGUGGAGGUGCCCAACCUGUUCCGCGUCACAUAUUUGGUGCCAAUUUAAAUGGCAGGGAAAUGCAUUUCACCUAUAUGGGAGAGGCGAAUAACGGCAGCUACUUUCGAUUUGGCCAUGGACCAGGGCCCGAGACAGAAAACAACCGACGCCGCCUGAAAAGUCGGGAGACGCACAGAUAUAACAACCAGUACUUUGAUAACGGGGGUCUCGACUUUAUUAUGGAAACGGACCCUGGAAAUGUCAACAGCCCGGACGUUUACUUCACCACUGAUGACCAGAACGAGUUCGACUGGAUUUAUGAACAGGUUGCUUGCUAUUUGGGCGGAUGGAAUCCAUUUUCCAACCCACUGUUGGCUGCGCCAGGGCUCAACUUCCAGGCAUAUAAUGCUUAUGACAGGGUGACGUUGGCGGCUGGGGCUAUCGCACCAUUCACCAAGGACGCGGAUUCGAUCAUUGGAGAGAUGACGCCGAUGGGCGGCAUUGAAACGAAUGAUGUUUGUACUGCGAACUCUGGGCACGACGAACUUUAG